CUCUCCCAUCUCCCUUGUUUUUGCUCUGUUUUAUUCAAUUUCAUACCCUUCAAGAGCUCUUAGUACACCAUGGAUGGUGUUGAACCCAAAAUUAUGCAAAACCCAACUUUCAAAACGCACAAAUAUUCCUUAGCAGCCCAAAUUUGCCUCAGAAUUUUGGCAACUGUGGCUUCAUUAGCUGCUGCAUGGAUUAUGUUCACCAAUAAGCAAUCUAUCAUUUUAUAUGGCCUUGUGGUCGAUGCCCGAUACAGCUACUCCUCUGCUUUCAAGUUCUUUGCUGUUGCAAAUCUUAUUACAAGUGUAUUGUCUGUGGGAUCCUUGUUUGUUGCUGUUAUCCUUGCUCGAAAUUGGUCUCACCUCAACAACUACUUCUACAUGUUCCUGCAUGAUUUGGUUUUGAUGACAUUGGUAAUAGCUGCAUGUGGGGCUGCAACAUCGAUUGGAUUUGUGGGUCGAUAUGGGAAUAAUCAUGCUGGUUGGAUGCCCAUUUGUGACAAUUUUGUCAGAUUUUGUGACAGAGUCACCAUUUCUCUGAUUCUCUCUUAUUUCUCUUUCCUCUUCUAUCUAUUUCUCACUAUCAUCUCUGCCAACAAGUCCAGAAAAAUUCAAGUUUGAAGCUUUGAGAGAGAGGGAGAGAGGAUCUUGGCAAUGGUGGUGGUGAAUAUAUGAUGAAAUGGGCAUAUCUUGUAAACAUGUCAGUGAGACUUUCUGUACUUUCUUAUAGGAAAAAAUAUAAAUAAAUAAAUAAAUAAAGAGUAGUUCGUGAUAAAGCCUCUUUUUUGCAUUCUUAGGCUCUUAUUGCCAAUAUGGUACAAAGUGAUGCAACUACUAUGGUUAGCCUAAA